AUGAGCUUGAGUACCCAUUACUUAGCUUGUCGAAAGGGAGAUCUGUCGACAAUCGAACAAAUUCUACCCAGUUUAUCUCUCGACGAAAUAAACCAGAUCGAGCCUAAUGGGAGCACAAGUCUACAUGCAGCUUGCUUCUUUAACCAUCCUCAAAUCGUCAAGCUGUUGCUUAAACAUGGAGCCUCAAGGACGGUAUUGAACAAGUAUGGAAACACACCUCUGCAAGAAGCGAUCACCGACGAGAUUAAAGAACUCUUUUAUCGCAAAGCAGCUGAUGCCCAGGGGCGGUUUACAACUGAUCUUACCCCAGAUGCGAUGGAAUGGGUAUCUGUGGAAAAUGGCAUAUACGGUUGGCGGAAUAAACAAAAAAUAUCUGGCAUGAAUGUAGUUAAAGCCGCUGAUUGUAUUACUCAUGAUAAACGUUUUUGUAAUGCGGCUGAUAUGAAUAAGAUCAAGUACUUUCUUGACAAAGCAAGACAGACGCAAGAUCCGCAUUGGCUACUGAAGGCCUACACGGCCGGAGCAGAUUUGUGCCGAUCUAUUAACAAAAGCCUGGCAAGCAGUCCAUCGGACAUCUAUGCAUCCUUUAUGGAAGAAGACUUCUACUCAUUUGUUGGCUGCUUCUUUCAUCAUGAAGCCUUAAAGAAGUAUCGAUAUAGUGGAAAGUGCUAUCGUGGCCUGAAGUUGGCUAGAGAAGAUUUUGAAAGUAACUACAAGCCUGGCGGGCAACUCUUGAUAAAGCCAUUCAUGUCGACAUCAAAGCAGCUUCGUAGUGUAGCUGAGAAUUUUGCGUUAUCUCCUUCCGAUGAUCCAAAUACACUUUCUGUUCUAUGCAUUUACACGAUACCAGAACGUACACUCUUGUUUCGUGACAACGUGGCUUUGGACAUAUCCUCUAUCUCCGAGUACCCACAUGAACAAGAAGUCCUUAUCUUACCAUAUACUUCGUUGACAAUUCUAACCGCCAGUCAUGUCUUAUCUGGGCUCAUAGAAAUUGAAUUUGAAUGGUUUUCUUUCAUGCAAUAUCAAAAGUGA